GGUUCUCAUGAUAUGAAUGCCCCUUAAUAAAUUUCGGAACUUUGGUUUUUAAGUUCUUUUAAGAUUCAGAUAAAGAGGAUAAAGAUUAUUUUCGUAUUGCAAAAAGAAUGAUGUUAGUAUGACAAGCACUAGGUUCACGACUUUUAAUUAAACUUGUCCGCUGUUCGAUUCAUUGCGUUACUUUAUUAGGAAUUGCAAUUAUAUCAAUUUGAUAGCUACCGAGUGUGGGCGCUGAACGGGUAAUAACGAGUGUUCAGUGUAGGAUUUGAGCAGACCUCUUUGAAUCGCCGCUUUUUCUAGCUCCAAGUGGUAUCAAUGUUGUCUGGCAAUGGUGUGUAAAGAGAACGUGGUAUCAUGGUUCGGAAAUUUGUCCAGUUAUAAACGCAUUGAUGUGAUGUGCACGCUAUUAAAUAUGUGCUUGCCCUUUGAAAUGCGGUAUAUCGGUACCUGCGUCGAGGACCAAGGGAAGCGGGAUUAUAAUGAUCUACGUGAUACAGAGCACCAUGCUAACAGUGUCAUGGAAUUAACGGAAUUGACAUCUGAAAGUGUUACAGAAAAACGUACACGAAGAAAACUUGUUCUUUACAUGGCGUUAUUGCAUUCUUGUAACUAUGCUUGUGCAGUUGUUCUUUACAAGAAUUUAGCCAAUUUGGAUGUACAAGAAGUUAUAAACGUGUUAAAUGGGACCAGUUCAAAUCAAGAAGAUCAAGCUCUUGAGGAACUCCUGCUGCUUUACGCAAUGGCACUUAACCAUCCUGCUUUUACUUACGAUCAAAAGAAUACAUUUGGCAACAUAUUUGUUAAACUUCAGGAAGAGGAGGCUCGAGUUAAUACUGCCAAGUCGACUACUUUGACGUCCAACAAAGCAACCCAAAGUUGUUUACCCUAUGUAUCAAACGAUCGUAUGAUAGAUGUUGAAUUAGGAUCUAACUGCAUUGUUCCGUCAACAAUGCCAACCUAUCCUGGUGAAAUGCGUGGGAAUGCAAUUUAUACGAGUAUUCCUCCAGGGCUAAGUAUUCCACCUCCGGGCUUAUGCUUACCUUCACCUGAGCAAAUGUCUAUAGGAACUGGCUUAAACUCACAAUACGUUCAUGUUGGUUUUCCCACAAUGAAUCACAUGCAACCGUGGACUGGGCAGGUUCUAAUGGGCAAUCAAUUAAUGUAUCACACAGGUGAAAUGUUGGCGUAUCCACCUUCUCCUUUAGUCAGUCGACAAUCGUCACCUUCCCAAUCCCGAUCUCCUAGUCGCAAUAAUUCGCCAUCUCGAAAAAACAGUUCAGUAGCUCGCACGUCUUCUCAAGUUACUCAGACUGUGUCAAACACUUCAACAUCAACAAACGCCACUAACAACCAAACGAACAUUUCAAAUUCUUCUGCUUCUUUCCUACCUCCUCCUGCAUUAGCUUCCGUGAAUAGAAGUUUACCUAGUCAACAACCACCCUUACUCCAUUCGCGGGCCAACCAACCGCCAAUAAAUAGCACUGCCUCUUACACUCAUAAUAAUGCUGAAAUGACAGCGACUCACGCUUCGUCUUUGUCAAAACAACAACCACCACCUCCUCCUCGACUACGAGCAACUGGUUGUAGUGAUUCUUUAAGGGAGACGCUAGGAAAGGAAAUGCCCAAUUAUAAGGGAAACCUGCAAAAUUUAACACUUGAUGAGAUUAGACGGAUGAGUGAUGAAGAUCUGAAGGAUAUAGGAUUAACUACUAAUGCAGUAGGACAAUUGCGAAGCAUUGUGAAAAGUCAAACAUCAAAUGGAUUAAGUCAAAUGACAAAUGAUAAGAAAGGAGAGUACCUUAAUAAUUCAUCGGCUAGUGGAGAUCAAACAGAUAACGAGAUGUCAUCUCAUAUGGAAAAUAGUGAUGUGAAUAUGAACAUGAAUGCCAAAUUAUUAUCAGCACAAGAACAUUCGCCGAUUCCUCAACAUCAAGGCCAUUAUAAUAUGCCAAAUAUUAGGCGUUAUCCAAACUUACCACCGAUGGAUACUUCAAAUAUGCAGAUGUACGCCACACCUCCAAUGUACACAGCUCAAGCUCCACCAUGCUAUGCAUGUCUUACUGUUCCUUUGGCUGGGAUGCAAAAUCGGUAUUCUAGAUGUAAUGCUCAGCAUGUUUACUGUUUGGGACAACUGCAAGCUUUAAGGUUAGAUCCUGAAAAUAAUCGACAAUGUUCUCAAAGCAGUAGUUCGGAGAGUACAGGGAGUCGCUCUCCACCCGAAACACCUCCAGCAGCUCCCUGGGUGGGUGGUGCGGAGGUGAGCUCUCCAGUGCCGACUACCACAGACCACGUCGGUUCCACACCGCUGCAUUCUGCCACAUCGUCUCUUCUGCCACACCCUCAACCAAUGCCACCACCUCCUGAACGGCAGCGGAACCGGAAGAGUCAAUCACACGUUAUGCGGCACAAGAAUCAAAUGGUGAAUGGAGCAGGACUACCAAAUGUUCAGCAUUGCAUGUCUUUUCCCAUGCCGCCGCCUCACUCACAAAUCACGUAUUUACCGCACGGACAUUACCCGAAUAUGCGACCAAGCAGUGGAGUUUACUCAAACUUUUCACCAGCGGUAUUUGCUCGGCCUGCAUUUCCGCCCACUUAUCAGCCUAAUGGAGAGAUGCUGUAUCCUUACCAUGGGCUUCCAGGAUCGGGAGGUACGCCGCCACCUCCUCAGAAUUCUGUGCCUCUGCCGCAGCCCUACAUGCCGCCGCCUCCUGUCGUAACCUACACACCUGCCGUCCCCCCUGUGAAGAUAUCUUGUUAUAAUUGCGGCAGCAAUAGUCAUCUCGCAACUGACUGUAAGGAUCUAACUAUGGAAGAUCUUACUAAAAGAGCUCAUUAUCGAAUUGACUACUCGAAUGCGAAACAACCUGGAGAAUGUUCGAGUUCAGAAAAGUGAUCCCUUGCCAUGAAUAACAAAUCCGCUAUUCACUCUCUGUAUUAUAAAUACUAUUGUCAUAUAAUUUAUAAUAUUAUAUAUUUAUUAUAUAUAAUAUUAUCACCUUUGAUAACAUGUAUAUGAUAAUGUACGAGUAAAAGAUAUACUACUGUAAAUAGGAAAUAUAUUAUGUAUAUAAAAUUAUCGUGGCUGUUAGUAACAAAGAUAAUCAGACACAAUAUCAUUACUACUAAACGCCUUCGUCUGAGGUGUAAAUCAAAAAACAAAUACUGAUUCUAAUUAGUUUUGAUAGCUAGCAUUUUUUUAAUUACGACUUGUCAUAACUCACUUUGUUAUAUAUAUAUAUAUAUACUUUUGACAAAUUUUAAUUUAUAUUAGUAAUUAUAUUAUUAUUAUUGAAAUGAUUAUUGUUAUUAUUAUUAGUGUAAAUACGACGAUGAUAAAUAGCUUUGUGUACAAAAUAUAAGUAAUUUCACAUUCUUAUAAUAUUUGUUUUUGAAAUAUAUGUUGCGAAUUUAAUUAGAAAAACUAUGAAAAACGAAAAAAAAAUUGUAUGAUUUUCGACAAUACUUUUAAUUACUUGUACAUCUCGAUAUAUAAAACAAUAAGAAAUUGUAACACAAAAUAGAGAAGAAAAGAUUGCCAGUUUAAACGAAAAUACCUUAUUUAAAAUCGAAUUGUAGAUAUAUUUUAACACUUCCACAUAUAUAAUACUAAUGAUGUUUAAAACAAAAGAAAUGACAAUUAAAAUAUAAAUUAGGAGACAUUUCUAAUUAUUAUACAAUUUAAAAAGUUUUUACAACUGUUAACUUAAGAAAAUCUUAUAAUUAAUGUAAUCUAUGUGAAUAAACUUUGAUCUUUUCCCUUCA